AUGUAUCGGCUUUUCCAAUCCGAGGCUCGCAUGAAGGAGCGCUUGUUCGAGUUGAUGAAGAGGGGUCGGGCCGCGAAAAAGAAGCACCAACAACAGCGCUGCAGCGAGCACACGUCUGUGUACAUGCCGAAGACGGUGACGCAGUAUCACGAGACGACGACGCCGGGACGUCAACCGUCUCACGUGCAACGAGUUCAACAACAGUGGAUCUUGCGCGAGAAACCGAGUCGACCUCUAGAAACGGUGGUGCUGCCUCCGGGCGCUAGGGAACGGCUCGUCGCCGAUGUCGACGAUUUCUUGUCGAGCGAGCGUUGGUACGUCAAUCGCGGUUUGCCGUGGCAUCGCGGUUACCUACUUCACGGUCUCCCCGGUACUGGGAAAACGUCGCUCGUGUUCGCGCUCGCCGGGCACUUUAAACUGCCUCUGUACACCAUUCGGCUUAGCGAUGAACGAUUGGACGAUGAAGGCUUACACUGGCUCUUCUCGAACACGCAGAGACGAUCGAUCAUUCUCCUGGACGACGUCGACGCGCCCGGCGCGAACGCGGUAUUUCGAGAGCCGGCGCCGGAGAGCACGGGAAAUUUGUCCGUUUCGUCGACGCUUUCUUUGCUCGAUGGAGUCACCGCCGUCGACGGUCGCUUGAUUUUCCUGACGUGUCGAGAUAAGUUGUCGUUAAACCCAACGCUCAUUCGACCCGGACGCUUCGACGUCCUCAUGCGCUUCGACGCGCCCAGCAAAGAGCAAAUCGCGGCGUAUUACAAGCAUUUCUACGCCGAGUGCGACGUCGCCGACGACGAGCUCUGGAAAAUGGCGAACUCUUUCGCGGCGAUCGCCGUCGACGUGGACAAGAUGCCUAAAUCCAUGGCCGCGCUCCAAGCACUGUUCAUCGCGAACAAGGACGACCCAGCCGCCGCUUUGGAGGCGAUGCAAAGCCGAGUGACGCAGCAAAAAUCCAAGCGCGUCUCCGCGCUCGGCGGCGCGCUCACGCGAAGUCGCAGCGGAGGCGAGACGGAGCAGCGCGACGCGGUCACCAAGCUCGAAACCAUCGAAGCGAACGAGUGA